AUGGCUUCCUUCAGCGACGCGCCCGCGGGCAACGCGGAGAAGGGCGCGAAGAUAUUCAAGACGAAGUGCGCGCAGUGCCACGUGGCGGAGGCCGGCGGCGCCCACAAGCUGGGGCCCAACCUCGGCGGCCUGUUCGGGCGGGUGUCCGGGACGGCGCCCGGGUUCUCCUACUCCAAGGCCAACAAGGACAAGGCGGUGGCCUGGAGCGAGGAGACGCUGUACGACUACCUGCUGGACCCCAAGAAGUACAUCCCAGGUGCGGGGAGGAGGCCCGGACGGAAGGCGUCCAGACGCAGGCGCGACGGAAGGCGUUCGCGGGCUGCCGGUGGUGCUACGUUGACGGCCCCACGGGUGGUCGAAUUGCUCUUGGAUUUGCGGGCUGCAGAGUCUGCGUCCCCAAGAACCCAAGAACUGUUCGGCAAGUCAGUGCGGAAUGAUCAGCCUGCAGCGAGUUGGGGCAUUGGUCGCGGCUUUCGUCCCGAGGGCGAAGUUCGGCCUGUGGCGUUUCCUGUGGAGCAAAGGACGGGAUUAAUGUCUCGGCCUCCCGUUGUAGUCGCGCUCCGUCACCAAUCAUCAUCAUCAUCAUCAUCAUCCAUUCUUACAUAA